CUUCGUCAUUCUCAACAUCACCACCCGCACUUCGACCACCCCCGCUCUCCAGCCCGCGCCUACAGUCCCUCUCUGCCCAUAUAGUAUCCUUACAUCUUCGCUGAAAAUGGCUGCCGCUGGAGGGAAAGAGCUGCCGCUGGACCCCAAAUACGACGAUUACGACUACCCCACAACCGCCCCGACCCCUCAGAACGGCCACCCCGGCCAUACGACGCCCGAGCAGGAUGCCCAGGUCUUUCAGCUGCGGAGUAUACUGGAGCAGGCGGGAUACACUAAGAACUUGGACACUUUGACUAUGCUGCGGUUCCUCCGCGCACGGAAAUUUAAUGUCGAGCUGUCGAAGCAGAUGUUCAUCGACAGCGAAAAGUGGCGGGACGAGUAUGCGGGCGUUGGCGUCGAGGAGCUAGUCCGCACCUUCGACUACAAGGAGAGGCCCGAGGUCUUCAAAUACUACCCGCAAUACUACCACAAGACCGACAAAGAUGGCCGGCCAGUCUACAUCGAGCAGCUUGGCAACGUCGACCUCACGGCUCUCCAGAAAAUCACUACACAAGAACGCAUGAUCCAGAACCUAGUGUGCGAAUACGAGAAGAUGGCCGAUCCCCGCCUCCCUGCCUGCUCCCGCAAGUCGGGCUACCUCCUCGAAACCUCCUGCACAAUCAUGGACCUCAAGGGCGUCGGCAUCGCAAAGGCCACCUCCGUCUACGGCUAUCUGCAAGCUGUUAGCGCCAUCUCGCAGAACUACUACCCGGAGCGGCUCGGCAAGCUGUACGUUAUCAAUGCACCAUGGGGCUUCGCCGGCGUCUUCGGCGUCGUCAAGCGAUUCCUCGACCCCGUCACCGUAGCCAAGAUACAUAUUCUGGGAAGUGGAUACAAGACCGAGCUGCUUGCUCAAGUUCCCGCAGAGAACCUGCCCAAGGAGUUUGGCGGCGAAUGCGAGUGCGAGGGUGGAUGCCAGCUCAGCGAUGCCGGGCCAUGGGAUGACCCACAGUGGGUUACGCCGCCGAAGUGGGCUAAGAGGGAGGACGGCGACGCGAAUGCUAUCGACAAUACGAAGCAGCCGGCGCCAACAGAAGGGGGUGAGAAUGAGCCUAAUCAGGCAGCUGCGGGUGUUGAGCCUGCCGCAGCACCGGCUGCGGCGCCGCAUACCCAAACCAUGACCUAAGGACCAUCGAGGCGAUCUCUGACGGACAUCAUGUGUGCAUUAGGGGAGUAGCGGAGUAGGGGAGAAUGGUCGGGUGGGCAGACGUGUUUCCUAGUCAUGCUUUCUUGCUGAUUGUCUCUCGAAUGCUUCUCAUAGACAUCCGUGGUCGAUCCCUUAGGUCCCACGGUAGGUAGGUGGAAAACGAUCGCAUUGGUAUAGGUUUUGAGCCUAGUCUUAGAAAACGACCCUGUCUCACCCGGUCUUCGUCUUUGUUCCUCCCAGUACUGUUCUUGGCC